AUGGCAGCACCCUUCCUGUUCGGCCUUCUGCUCAUCGCGUGCGUAGUCACCGCCGGCGGCGACGGCGGGGCAAGAGCUCUUCCUCAUCUCGAGCUACCAGGCACCCUCGACUCGGCCCGUGCUCACGUGUCCGACGCGCCGGCGCCGCCGCAGGUGCUCAUGGACAUCAUGUCCACGACCGGCUGCGGGAGGUUCGCGGCCCUCGUCGCCGCGACGCCGAACGUCAGCGACGUCUUCCAGCAGCGCCUCGUAGCGGGCGGCGGAGGGCUCACUCUCUUCUGCCCCAACGACAAGGCCGUCGACGCCUUCGAGCCCACGUUCCGUUUACUCCCCGACGGCGUCCAGGCAAACGUGCUGCUGCAGCACGGAGCGGCGGCCCGCUACGUCCGGGCGCAGCUCACGCCCUUCGAAUGGGUGGCGGUGCCCACGCUGGCCGUCGCCGACAACGCGACCGUCCUCGUCCGCGACAGGGGCGACAGCAUCAGACUGUGGCUAGGGCCGACGUGGCCCCGGGUCGGCCAGGCGACGGUGACGAAGACGAUCUCGUCGUCGGAGGCCCCCCUCGUCCUGUACGUCGUCGACGGCGUGCUUGUGCGACGACAGGAGCCUGAUGGAAGGGACGAGGCGUCGGCGUGCGGUGACCUCCUUGGCUUUGUUGUCCCGGGCGGGGCGGUGGUGCUGUUCCGGUACAUUACUGACGUCUUAGUCCCUAGCUAUCGGCGUCGGCGUUCGAUCCGCGCCUGA